CCACCAUCGUCUGCGCUCAGUCACUCAAACAUCCUGAGAAGGCCCGUAUAUACUUCUAAAGUUUUGCGUCCUUCAAGCCUCCCUAGCAACCGUGGUCCUUUUCUCUCUCUUUCGCUCUCUUCUUGAAACUUACCUUCCUCGCCCGGCUCACCACUUACGUACAAAAAUAUAAUCGUGGUCCCCCAAACCGACCACCACGACGUACUUGAGCCCCUGAUAUUCCGUUCAAUAUAAUCGCAGCGAUCACAACCAUUAUGCCUCAGGGCCCACGAAACCCCAACGAGAAGGCAGUCCACCCUCCCUUAUCUGAUGCUACUAGCGAUCAGCCAUCUCAAUCCCAAGGGGCACGAGUCCAGGGUCGGGACUUGGAUCUCAUCCAAGAAAAGCAACAGCAACGCACUCUCCAAAACCGUCAAACCACAUCUCCAACUAUAGGCAUAGCAUCACCACUUGAGCCAGGUCAGGACCCGCAACCUUAUGGUGGCAGGCAGCACCGACCUGCCUUCGGCGAGCCAUUGAGCCCCGGGAUCACGGUAUCUGAUAUUCAUGGACGCUCUCGCUCAAGCUCCAUUACAAGCUCCUCUUCCGGGGAUGAGACGCAACCCCAACGCCCCGAGCUCCGGUACAGCCCCAUGCUGAUUAGGCAUAUGACUAUGGGCCCAGAAGAGCCACUACGCUAUGAAGCAGAUAUAGCUAUUCGGGGUGGGUUGGUCAGGGACGGUGAGAGUAUGGCUCACAGGAGGGCGGGGGAAGAACAGCUCCCUGUCUCGGAAUCAGGAGUUAGUGAAAGCGCUGCCACAAGCUCAGUUACCCUAGGGAGAGAAGUGACGGAAGAUGUGAUGUCUGGAGAACAAAGCAUGGAUGGAUAGGAUAUCUUCAACCAGAUUGAAUGAAAGAGCGAGGAGCUAUCAUAUUUUAAUUAGUUAUUCGGGGUGUUGGUACUACCACAAAUCUGCUUGUGGGAAUGAGUAUACUUAAUUGUUAACAAUUCUGCUGGAGGUUUGGG